AUGGGGGUCACAUGGGAUGAAGACUCGCUCUUCGUACAUGGCGAACGCAUCUUCUUGUACUCUGGCGAGGUCCACCCGUACAGAUUACCGGUGCCUGAUCUCUACUCCGAUGUCUUUCAGAAGAUCAAGGCUCUUGGGUACAAUGGUGUUUCCUUCUACGUGGACUGGGCGUUGCUUGAAGGCAAGCCCGGUGUUUACCGCGAAGAGGGUGUCUUUGAUCUGAGGCCCUUCUUCGAUGCUGCGCAGGAAGCUGGUAUCUAUCUUAUUGCUAGGCCAGGUCCUUACAUCAACGCUGAGGUGUCUGGUGGAGGCUUCCCCGGAUGGAUUCAGAGGGUCAAUGGCACGCUGAGAACGCGUGCGCCUGACUUUUUGGAGGCGACCGACAACUACAUGAAGAAUGUGUUGGCGACAAUUGCGCCAGCGCAAAUCACCAACGGCGGACCGAUCAUCCUCGUUCAGCCCGAGAAUGAGUACACACAGGCCACUUCGGCUAUCAAGCCUUUCCCGGAUCCAGUCUACAUGCAAUACGUCGAAGAUCAGAUUCGCGACGCUGGUAUUAUCGUGCCUUUGAUCAGCAACGAUGCCUCCGCUAAGGGCAACAACGCACCCGGUCAACCUGCAGCUGUUGACAUUUACGGGCAUGACGGCUACCCUCUCGGAUUCGACUGCGCCAACCCUACCACAUGGCCAGAUGGCAAUCUUCCAACAAACUGGCAUCAGCUCCACGAGCAGCAGAGCCCUACCACGCCUUACUCCAUCGUCGAGUUUCAAUCUGGCAGCUUCGACCCAUGGGGCGGUCCAGGCUUUGACAAGUGCGGCAUUCUAGUUGGCGCAGAGUUCAACCGUGUCUUCUACAAGCAACUUUACAGCUUUGGCGUCACGAUUCUGAACUUGUACAUGACUUACGGUGGAACGAACUGGGGCAACCUUGGUCACCCAGGUGGCUACACCAGCUACGACUAUGCUGCACCGAUCAAGGAGGACCGUCAAGUCGACCGCGCGAAGUACUCCGAGCUGAAACUUCAAGCAAACUUCUUCAAGGUCAGCCCUGCGUACCUCACAGCUGCGCGAGGCAAUGCUUCGACUUCCAAGUGGACUACCAGCAGUGACCUGAGCGUUACUCCCGCCACCAACGAGAAGACGACAUUCUACUUCGUCAGGCAUUCCAAGUACAACUCGCUGGAUUCCACAACCUACAAGCUCAACGUUGCAACGUCGACAUUGGGCAACAUUACUGUACCUCAAAUGAACGGCACUUCGCUGACACUGAACGGCCGCGAUUCCAAGAUCCACGUCAGCGACUACGACAUUGGCGGCACCACCCUUGUCUACUCUACUGCCGAAGUCUUCACUUGGCACAAGUAUGAUGACAAGACUGUUUUGGUCGUGUACGGUGGACCUGGAGAGACCCACGAAUUGGCCCUUGCUGCUACUGGACUGGAAGUCGUCGAGGGCGAUGUCAAGAGCAUGACUACUAGUGGAGUCACCGUCUUGAACUUCAAGGCUGAUGGAGGUAGAAAGGUCGCAAAGGUUGGAGCUGACAGCCCCAUCUACGUCUACAUGGUCGACCGCGUCGAAGCCUUCAACUACUGGGCCGUCGAUCAGGCACCCCACGACUCGUCCAACCCUGUCAUCCUCAAGGCAGGCUACCUGAUGCGCACUGCCAACGUCACUGGCAACACUCUUGCACUCACUGGCGAUCUCAAUGCUACGACCAGUGUUGAGGUUCUUGGUGGCGCGUCAUCUGAUGUGUCCAAGAUGACUUUCAACGGCCAGAGUAUCGACUUCACCACCUCCGAACAAGGAACUUUGUGCGCCGACAUUGAAUUCGCCAAGCCAGAUGUCAGCCUACCCAAGCUCAGCGAACUCGAGUGGAAGUACGUCGACUCGCUUCCUGAGAUCCAACCCGGAUACGAUGACAGCGAGUGGACUGCGGCCGAUCUGAAGAAGACGUACAACUCACUCCGUCCACUUGAUACCCCCGUAUCGCUCUACAGCUCCGACUACGGCUACCACACCGGCACACUCCUCUUCCGCGGUACAUUCACUGCAUCCGGAAACGAGACAAUCUUCAACCUUACCACCCAAGGUGGCUCAGCAUUCGGCUCAUCCGCCUGGAUUGGCGACCACUUCCUCGGCUCAUGGCGCGGAUACGAUGCAGCUCUGAACGGAAGCGCCACAUUCACCAUGCCAAACUUGACCAAGGGAAAGAAGUACACCAUCACGGUCGUAGUCGACAACCAAGGUCUCGACGAAAACUGGACCAUCGGCACCGAGACAAUGAAGAACCCGCGCGGUAUCCUAGACUACAAGCUAUCCGGCCACGACGCCUCCGACAUCAGCUGGAAGCUCACCGGCAACCUGGGUGGGGAAGAUUACCGCGACAUCUCGCGCGGUCCCCUCAACGAAGGCGGUUUGUACGUCGAGCGCCAGGGUCUACACCUUCCCGGUGCUCUCUCCGCCACCGACGCCAAAUGGACUGCUUCCGCCGGCCCCGUCGCCGACGGCAUCUCCGCUCCUGGAAUCGGUUUCUUCGCCACGGAAUUCGAUCUCAACAUGCCAGCUGGCUACGAUAUUCCGCUCAGCUUCACUUUCACCAACGGCACUUCUUCUGGUAACAGCAGCAGUGGCGGUUCGAGUGUUCCUGCAUACCGCGUCCAGCUUUACGUUAAUGGCUGGCAGUAUGGUAAAUAUGUUAGUAAUGUGGGGCCGCAGGUCAAGUUCCCUGUCACGGAGGGUAUUCUCAACUACAACGGAACGAAUUACCUGGGUGUCUCGCUUUGGGGGCUUGAUGGUGGGGCGACGAAGGUUGAGGGCUUGGAGCUGGAGGUUGAUGCGGAGAUUUGGAGUGGGAUGAAGAAGGUGGGGACUGUCAUGGGUAUGGAGUAUGAGAAGAGGGAGGCGUACAAGGGCGGACGUCGGCUUUUAUUCAAUCACGUCCACUACUUCCUCGACUUGUUCUUUGGUCGAUAUCCCAACUCGGCGCUGAGGGACGUUACAUACAAGUUUGAGGUCAGGCUUGGUACUGCUCAAAACGGCCCAGAAGGCCUCGAGGCUGACUGGUCGCUCGAUUUGCUGGAAGUUGUCUCGGUCAUGCGUCAUUACCCGUUAAUCGGCAUUGCAUGGAAUCUGGUGGACAAUUUCAAGGAAGCGGCAUUUGACGAUUCGGGGGUGAUGUACGCCGUUUCAGCCCUGAAGGACAUGGAUGUCCAGCUGUUCGAGAAGUUGGAUUCCGCCAAGCUCGCCCUGUACAACUCCUUCGAACCCGACCAGUUCGGAAGGUUCGGAGUAGAAGCUCACCUGUCUCCUACUUUGAAGAAAAACACGACUAAGCAAGAUGCUAGAGCCCUUCAGGCGUUGUUAUACCCGACCAGAUGCAGCGGUAUUGAAGUGGAUAUCGGAUGGGAGGACAACAAUUGGGGUAGGAGGUCAUUUCGGUGGUCGUACCCUGAGGAGGAUUGUUUCAGUAAUGAGGAAGACGAUGCGGAUAGUGGCGGACAAGUCUCAGACAACGGCAAAGAUGAUCCCGAGAGCGGAGACCAGAUAUUCCGAGACAGCAGUGGCGGGAAGUCGUUUCUGAAUCUUCCUGGAGAGCUCCGCAAUGCCGUCUACAAUCACUUCAUCGACCUCGAUCCUACAGUCGGCGAAGCUACCUCACUAGCGCAUUCUGGCCAGCAGAUUCGCGCUGAGUUUGGCUCGCUUUGUCUAGCAUCCGGGCACGUCGAAAUUCCUACGGAGCAUGUCAAAAGCUUCCUACACGUCUUCUUCCCUCGCCACUUCGACUCCGAACCGGAAAUCAUGUUCUCCAACACCGACUUGUCCUUCGACUGGUUGAAAUCGCAAGACUGGUUGACCGGCCUGCAUAAAUUGGUCACGAUCAUGCAUCGAUACUCUCUACUCAAGAUCUCAUGGUUCAAAGAUAUCACCACGAUCAUUUCCAUAUUGAAAAGCAUGGACCCUCGAAAGUUCGAAAAGAUAUUAUCAGUCGAUUACCACAUAUGCUCAUUUCCCACCAACAACCCGAAUUGCUUCCUCCCACGCUCUGGCGCUUUCAUUUGGGUCACAAUAAGGGUUGCCGCCUCGGACUCAGAUUCAUUUAGGCCGGUAUUCAGCCCCGAAUACGGAGCAAUUCAUGUACAAUUUGAUUGGGAAUGCGGAUCGAGUAGUGAGGAAGAGACUUCAGACAGCUCAAGUGGUGACGAAGAUGGCUCAGAUAGUGAGGGAGAGAGUUCAGAUGGUGGACAUGAUGACGAGGAUGGGGAUGAAGCUGCUCCAAAAAGCAGCGAAGGCGCUGUAGAAAGUGGUGGCUAG